UCGGUCCCAUUGUUCAAAAUUCAAGUAAUCUUUUCCCGCCGAGGCUAAAAAAACAUUUUAAAAACACCAAAAAAAGAGAACUAACACAUAAAGAAGCUACCCUUUCCAAAUUGCAAGUGAACACAGAAUCCAUUGAAGAUGUCGGUGGCACUUUUCGAGACACCCCAGCCCUUGAUGGUGCCAGGGUACACCGGCUAUGUGCCGCAGUACCGGUACCGCAUCGGAGAGACCUUUGGCAAGACGACGCACAAGAUCAUGCUGGACCCUCACGUCCAGCUCGCGGACAAGCUGGUGCUGUCGGACCGAUCCAGCGACAACUACCAGGUGACGCGGCCCAGCGAAAAUGACGUCGACAUCGUGCAGAGCCGGUUCCGAUACGGUGACCCCGUGUACCAGCACCCCGUCAUUCCGGGCUACGAGGGCUUCCUGCCGAGGAUCCGCGGCCAGUCCGGGCAGCGCUUCACGGCGGCGGCGGCGGCCGCGCUGUCCGACUUCGAGCAGCAGCAGCGCAAGGCGCGCGCCACCAGGAACCAGAUCGUGCGCACGCAGCACCUGCAGAACAACGCCGCCGAGCCCAGGGACCUCCUGGACCGCAUGGUGCAAGCCAACCAGUGGAAGAUGCCGCUCUACAUGGUGCGGCCGGAGAUGACGGGCGUCAUCAGGCACGUGUGCGCCCCCGAGGCCGCCGUGCCGCCGGCCAGGAACACCAUCUCGCCCUACUUCGCCGACCCCAACGACCCGGAGAAGUACUUCGUGCUCGGCUACACGGGCCACGUGCCCUACGGCAUGGCGCGCUACGGCCAGACCAGCCAGGCGCUCACCAACUCGGCCCUGUGCGACUUCACCCACAACUACCGGCGCCGGCAGAGCACCGAGUGGGCCCCCGUCGGCGUGGUGCAGCCCGACCCGCCGCUGCUCAUCACCCCGCCCGAGAUCUACCACAAGCACGUCGCCCUGCUGCCGCACUACGUCGGCCACCUCCCCGGCGCCAAGUUCCGGUAUGGACGAACAUACGGAAGCGACUCCAGAGAUGGUAAAAGGUGGCUGAGGGGAGACUACACAACUUGAAGACACAGCACCAGUUAAAAAAUAUGCAAGUAGAAUUUUAUUCUGUGAAAUUGAUGGGGGCAAAACAACUUUAACAUGAAGUAACAUGUAACAACCAAAUCAGCAAACCAUACUUUUAAAUGAUAUUAAAAGGUAUGGAAGAAUAAUUAUCACAAAACAUAUCACAAAAUGAAAAUGCUAUUGAGAAACAAACGUAAAAUAAAAGCAAAAGGUGCAUUAUACUGUUUAAAAUAUUUUCAAGAAUCUUCAUGACAAAUAAAUAAUACCUCAACAUUGGGUCAUCCAAAGGUCAGGUACAUGGCACAAACUUAUAAAUUAUAUUCUUAUGGUUCUUAAAGUCCUACAUACAUAAUAUAUAAAGAUUCAUAUGAAAACAAAACACCUACAUAAAAUAUAACAAAAA